GGCGUGGGCCGGUCGACUGCCAUUUCCACCGCAGCCCGAUCUCCCGGCUCAUGAGCCGGUCUGAUGUUGAACCGGGGAACGACCGAAGAAUCCCACCUCGCGAGGCCCGUGCGACCCUCUUAAGACGCAAUCAUGGCUUCUUCCUCUACCUUCGAGGGGGAAGGAGAAUGGCGAGGCGAUCGCAUCUGACGGAGAUCGGAUGCAUAGCCUGCGACGAACUCGCGGAGCUCGGAGCCGGAGAUAGGGAGGGCUGGCUCGACGAUCCCUCCCUUCUUGCCGCCCUCCACUCUUACUCUCUUGCCGUCGCCUCCGCUGCCCGUCCCCUUGUCCUCGUCCUCGGUUGGGACCCCGAUCGCCGAUCCCCCUCUUCCCCUCGUCAUCCCGUCAAGAUCCAUCCCUCACUCUCACCCUCCGACGGCCGGAUCACUGCCCUCGAGUGGCUCCCCUUCGGCGACCUCCUGGCCCUCGCCCUCGGCACCUCCUCUGGUCUCCUCCUCGUUUACUCCGUGGGCGGGGAUCUGAUUCACAAGCAGUUUGUUCACCCUGGGCGUGUUUUGAGGCUUCGAUUUCGUGAAACUGAAAGCAAAGGCGGCUUUGCACAAGAUUCCGUUUCUGAGGAGCUCUGUGUGGUCUUGCCUGGGGUUGUUGCUCGCUUUGAUGGCACAGAUAUCCAGAGCUUGCUUCGGAGAUGGCUUCAAGAAGCUGGGUCAAGAAUGUGGGAGAAUAGCCGUCACAAAUUGGAGUCAGAGGAUGAAAUUUCUUAUGGGAAUAUACCUUUUCAGCUUUGGAAUGUGGGGAAGUUUGGGAAUUGUUCUGAUGCAGCUAUCACGGGGGUAAAGCCACCACCACUCUUGGAGCUCCAGUCAAGUCAGCGCUACUAUGGUGCGGUUACAGUUGGAGACAAUUCCGUGAUAUCUGCUUAUAGGCUUUCAGAGGAUAGGAGUAGAUCUUUAGUCGGAACUAUUCUCUCGAAGGUUGUCCCAGUUACAUUCUCAACCAUUGCAUCAUUUUCAAAACUGAUAUGGCGAAGUGAGCAAAGUGCAACAAGAAAGUCUCAUCCAACCUCGCAGCCAUUUGCUAAAGCAUCUCCUUUAACAUGUCUCAAAGACCCUCCAAGAAAGGGAGAGAAACUUACCUUGUCUCCAAGUGGCACCUUGGCUGCAAUAACAGAUUCUCUUGGAAGGAUUUUGUUAUUAGACACUCAGGCACUUGUUGUUGUGCGACUUUGGAAGGGGUAUCGUGAUGCCUCUUGUCUUUUCGUUGAGAUGCUAGUUAACAGAGAUAAAGCAUCAUCAAGUUCCAGAUGUUACGAGUAUACAAAAAGUGACUAUUGCUUGUGUUUAGCAAUUCAUGCACCUCGUAAGGAGAUAAUUGAGAUUUGGAAGAUGCGAACCGGACCUCGCCUUCUAACCAUCCAAUGCCCUAAAGGUAGCAAAAUUCUUCAGCCAUCAACUAGGUUUGUGUCGUCGUCACAAACGCCAUAUAUCCCUUUGGAAGUUUUCAUAUUAAAUGGAGAUUCUGGCCAACUGUCAGUUUUGAAUAGAUGUGUUGUCUAGCAAAAAGGGUUCUAUGUCUUUUGUUCACGAUGUCUCGUCUGUAGCCAAUUUUUGUAUAUCUCGGGCUCAAAUAUUUGAGAAUUGAAAACUGCUUUCUGGCACCGAUGAGGGCUAAAAUGUAGGGUACCUACUGUUACCAUGUUUGUUUUUGUCGAUUAUUUUUAGCUCAUGAUAAGAUUAUUACUUUGCGAUUUAGGAGGCUA